AACAUACAUGAUUCAUGAAUCAUCAACUCAUGUGACUUUGUUUUCGCUCCUCGACCAUAGGAAAAUAAAAUAACACAAAUCAGCCAUGUUUCCUCACCGAACACAGUAGUUCAUCAAUAAUCAAACUCAUGAACAGUGCUUGCUGAGUUUUGCGUUGCAUGAUGUUACUCAUAUUCAUAUCUAAGUCAGCAAAAGCGUCACCGGUGAUUUGUUUCCAUUUUUGCCUGAAAACUAAUCUUAUCUGCUUCAAUUGAAGAUUCAAUCCACCAAAUGCCUGUAAUUUAAGCACAAUAUUUAAAUUGGCUGAGCCUGGACUUUUAUCCUCUCGAAUUUCUAGGGUUCUUCAUCAAUACAUUAUUGUUGGCGGCGAGCUUCAACUAAAAGAAGCAAUCAAAUGGGUCGUUCUCGUGUUUUUCAUUCUGAUGAAGACCCAACUCAAAGAUCAAGAAGGAAAAAGAAUGCCUCUAGUGGAGAAAGCAUAGAAUCAGCUCUAGGAGGACAAGGGAUAGGUGAUGGAAAGAGGGCUUUAUACCAUUGCAACUACUGCAACAAAGAUAUUACCGGUCGAAUUCGUAUCAAGUGUGCUAUGUGCCCGGACUUCGACUUAUGCAUAGAGUGCUUUUCUGUUGGAGCUGAAAUGACUCCUCACAAAAGUAAUCAUGCUUACAGGGUUAUGGAUAGUUUAUCCUUCCCGUUGAUUUCUCCUGAUUGGAAUGCAGAUGAAGAGAUAUUGCUCUUGGAGGGUCUUGAAAUGUACGGUCUUGGAAACUGGGCGGAGGUUGCAGAGCAUGUUGGCACAAAGAAUAAAGAGCAGUGCAUUAACCAUUACAGAAGUGUAUACUUGAAUUCGCCAUUUUUCCCUCUCCCGGACAUGUCUCAUGUUGUUGGUAAAAAUCGGAACGAGCUUCUUGCCAUGGCGAAGGAAAACAGUGAAGAUAGAAAAGGUUCAACUUUAUUUGGGGAUCACAUUGUGAAAGCAGAGCCUACAUUUUCUCCUUCCAGAGUCAAAGUUGAUGAAUUGCCAAAGGGAGGUCCACCAAGCCGCUUAUUAUCCGUCCAAAAUGCAGACUCUCUGGUAAAUCCUAUUGGGAAGAAACCUCCAAAGGAAGAAGAUUCGUCAUUGGUUAGUUUGAGCGGGUUCAGCCUUAAGCGCCAUGAAUUCGAUCCAGAGUAUGAUAUCGAUGCUGAGCAGUUGCUUGCAGAGAUGGAAUUCAAGGAUGCCGAUACUGAAGAUGAGCGUGAAUUGAAGUUGCGAGUGCUGCGGAUUUACUCAAAAAGGCUAGAUGAGAGAAACAGAAGAAAGGAUUUCAUCCUUGAGAGAAGUUUGCUUUAUCCCAGUUCUUUUGAGAAGGAUUUGUCACCUGAAGAGAAGUCAAUAUGCCGUCGAUAUGAUCCAUUCAUGCGGUUCCAUUCUAAGGAAGAUCAUGAAAAUAUGCUACAUGCUAUCAUUGGGGAACAUCGCACUCGCAAGCGAAUUUUGGAACUUGAGGAAGCUCGAGCUGUUGGUUGCCGUACAUCUGACGAGGCAGACAAGUAUUUUGAUCUGAAGAGGAAAAGGGAAGCUGAAGAUAGUUCCCGUAGAGCAAAAGAGAAUGCUCAAAAUACUGCCAUGACCUCUGACGGUGGGAAGGAUCCUGCUUCGCUAAUCCAUGGACAGACUACUUUCAUCUCUGCAAAUGAGCUAGAUAUAGGGAGAUGUCCCGGUGAAGAAUUGCUUUCUGAUGCUGAAAAGCAGCUCUGUCAUGAGACCAAGAUAUCCCCUUACCUGUAUCUAAAGAUAGAGGAGACCAUAUCAGUUAAAAUAUUCAGCGGUAAUGUGACUAAUAAAGUGGAUGUGCACUCCUUGUUUGAUAUUGAACCGGAAAAAAUCGACCGUGUAUAUGAUAUGCUCAUAAUAAAAGGUAUUGCUCCACCAUAAGGAUUAAGGAUUAAGGAGUAGAGAUCACAGUUUCUUCAUGCUGGGAAGUUAAUAUCGCAAACAAGCUGUUUUUAACUGUUACAAAACGGGAUUCUUUCAACUCUGAAGCCUACACAAUUCAUCUUUUUAGAUCCAAAGAAGAUAAUCAGCAUGAUAAAUCAGUUAUCUCGCACUUUGGGCCAAGAAUUAACACAGUUAUCUGGCGCUCCCCAGCACCCACCUAGUACAGAUCCUAUUUUACUGUAAAUAUCAGUGUAUGUGUUUUGCACAACAUUGAAUUGAAUGUGCUGCAAUGUAGUCAUUGUGAAAUUAUUCCUCAAUAUUGAAGCUGCUACUUUUAUGUUUGUGAA